ACGUGACUUCUUUCCGCUCGUCUGCUUGCGCGUGUUUAGAUGUAAACAAAGCAAAACGUCAACAAAAAUGAUAUGGUGCAAUUCCUGGAUAAACUUACGGGAGAAUUUUUGAUAUGUAUUUCUCUCAGUGAAUGUCAAACUUUUUAAACUAUAUGAAAUUUGAACAUGGUGGUUCUUCGCUCGGAUUUCAUUAAAUGUGUUGUUUUAGGAGACGAUUCUGUGGGGAAAACCAGUCUUCUGGUAAAUUACGCUACAAACAGAUUCCCUACAACGCACGUGCCCAGUGUGUUUGAUAACUAUGCAGGAAUUCUAGAGAUGUCUGGUAAAAAGUAUCACUUGCAGCUUCUUGACACCAUAGAAGAGGACAAAGAUCAGGAUAAUAGUACUCACAUUUUACCUGGAGCCGACAUCAUUGUCGUCUGCUACUCGGUGGUUCAACCCACGUCUUUUAGAAAUGUGGAAGAAAAAUGGGUACCCCAGAUAAAGAGAUGUUUAGGAGAUGUCCCGAUAAUUUUAGUAGGGACCCAAACAGAUCUACGGCUGGACUGCGCUGUGCAAUUUCAUUUACGAGAAAAUGGACAAAAGAGUAUCAGUUCUAUUCAGGGAUUCCAAAUGGCUAGAAAAAUCGGAGCAUCACGGUUUUUCGAAAGUUCCCCCGAGCUGGAGAAGAGGAUGAAGAGAGUCUUGAACAAAGCUAUAGGCACUGUGCUUCACCCCAGGGAGGGCUUUUCUGAGGCGUUGUCUUGUACAAUUCUGUAGAAGACGAGGAUGACGAUCCUGACUAUCACGUGACAUGAUAAAACCACACACAUUGUAAAUAUCUGUACAUAAUAUUUAUUUCUUAAACCCGGCAUGAAUAUGCAUGUAUACGAUUAUUACAACAUUGAGAUGUUUCGAUAUAACAGUUGUAUCGCAAUGAAUUUAAAAUUCAUGUACAUUUGUAUAGAAAUAACUGCUUUAUCAUUAUGAAUUCUAGCAUGUUGUUGUAAAUGUUUUAAUUGUUGGAAAAAGUUGAAGAGGAGUGUACAAGUUACUGUUCUUGUUAGCAGUGAUGACUAGUAAGUUACGUGUACGUGUAUUUAAACACGAAGCCUCGGUAAAAAUUUUAUUGAAAAUAUAGAGCGAAAAGACAACGUC